GCAGCGCUUCACAACCAGUCACCUUAGAUUACAUACUUACAUACACACUACCUUUCAAAUAUAUACAUAUAUAUUCGAACUCCUUCAUUCCUGACUUCGGGUUUGACUGGGCGUUACAGAAAGCAGCUUUGUCAAGAAUCGUUUGUAUGUUUCAUCGUUGGUGUUAUUCAGUACUGAGUAUCAGCAGCAUCCUUAGUUGCUUAGAAUACUUAGAAAUAAUUCCUCCACUGAUAUAUUUCAUCUUCUUUAUUACUAGAUUAGGAAAAUACGGGGGGAUGUCAGGCAAGUUCAGAGGCUGUGAAUGAACAGAAUACCUAUGACAUCACAUACAGUCAUCAACUCUUAGAAGCUUCCAACUGAAGAAGUGGUGUACCCACAUUCUGAUAACUCAUUUUAGAGAAGACUAGACAAUCAGAGUAGCAUACUAGCAAAAAUCCAGAACAGGCUGUCAGCGUCUUUUCUUCGAUGUUAGAAUCUGAAUCAAGAGACAAACUGUAUAUUGGAUGUAGAAACUAGAUAGCCUUGGGUAGCAGUAAAACAAGUCGACUUUAUAAGCCAUGUCAUUGGAUUGCUAUCAUAUCUGUCGGUCAUGGCACCGAUACUGGGUUAUUGGAAAGUCAGAGGCCUCGCACAACCAAUUAGACUUCUUUUGGAAUAUCUUGAAGAAACAUAUGAAGAACAUGUAUAUGAUCGCAAUGAAGUUGAUGCCUGGCGCAACGAUAAAUUUAAAUUAGGCCUGGAGUUCCCCAAUCUUCCUUAUUAUAUUGAUGGUGAUUUCAAAUUAACACAAUCUAUGGCUAUCAUACGUUAUAUAGCUGACAAACACAACAUGUUGGGGGCUUGUCCAGAAGAACGUGCAGAAAUUUCGAUGCUUGAAGGAGCGAUUUUAGAUAUUAAGACGAGUAUUUGGACAAUUGCAUGCAAUAAGGAAUAUCAAACCCUCAAAGUUGAUUUUCUCAACGAACUUCGUGGGAAGCUGAAAAUGUUCGAAGAUCAUCUGUCUAACAAAACGUAUUUGAACGGUAACUGCGUAAGUUAUGAAAUUUUAAUGAUUUGACCUUCAAUUCAUUGUUCUAGUUGUAUCUCUCUGGUCUAAAAAGCGAACUCCGAUAAUCUUAUGUCUAUGAGUGAUCAUGUUUCAGCGUAACAGGAUACGUGGAUAUAUAUUUCACAAAUCGCAGCCGUAAUUUUCCACCAUGAAUUAAGGAUUUAGCAAAAUAUAUAUUGGUUCAAGUUGUGAUCGUUCAUUCCAGUAUAUGAAGCGAAAUGACAAAAUAAAAACAUACUAUAUUAAGUUAAAAUAACUAGAGAAAUGCUUAAAAUGAAAACAAAGGAAAAGAAUAUAUGUUUUUAUGUCAGCGGACCAAUUUCAAGUUAAAUCAUAGAAAUUCUUCAACCUUCAAGUCAUUCUAACGUGAGAGCUUUGUAGAUGUUAACAGCGGAAAUGUUUAGUAAUACUUAACUGGUAAUUCACUCAGAUAAAUUGCUCACAUCAUUGAGGUAGACUAAUUUUUAGAUUGAAAGUCUAUGUUUAUAUUAAAAUAAUGCAAUAUUUAGCUUACGCUGACUAUUACAGUAGUUCUAUUUUCAAAUGAGAUAAAGAAAACGAGUAACUCAUCCUGACUUUAUGUUAUACGACACUCUUGAUGUGGUUUUAUACAUGGACUCACAGUGCUUGAACGAGUUACCAAAAUUAGUUUGUUUCAAACAAUGUAUUGAAGAUUUACCGCAAAUUAAGAACUACUUAAAUUCUAGCAGGUACAUAAAAUGGCCUCUGCUAGGUUGGAGUGCUACGUUUGGACAUGGAGAUACUCCUUCAAAUUAAAUUAACAGUAAAUCUUCUGGUAAAUAAAAUUUAAAGCCUGUUAUAUUUGUACUAAAUAAAAAAUAACAAUAAAAUUCUGAACUGCUCUUUUUUGUGUGGAAAUAUUACAGUGUGCGUAAAUGCUAUAAUACCCAAAAAAUAACACUGUCAUUUCAUCAGAUGUAUGCACACUGAGUAUUUAUUGAUACAAGUCAAAACGGAUUAAUAUUGAAGUUAAUAGCGUUGUACUUUGUCAAAUUUAUUAUAAACGUUUGUCUAAUCACUACCCUCCAUGACACAAUAGGUAGCUGGUGCUAGAGUAAGGUGGAAGAAAGCCAGGGACGGACAUACCAAGACAUAAUUUCAACUCAUGAAAUCAUCAUCUGUCAAGCUAAGUCGUGUUAUUAAGUGCAAACUACUUGAUUGAUAUAUGUGUGGUGAUCGUGAUUUGAAGUGACAUAGAUCAAAAUCAGUCGUAGUGGUAUAGAUGUGCUCAUUUCCCAACCUACCACAAGUCUUGAAUGUCAUUAUGAUCCCAUAUUUCUUAUUGUGUAAUUUUAUGCUGUUCCUGCAAAUCAGAUACUUUAUAUUUAGUAUGCUUUUUAUCAUUGUUAAUAUUCUGAUUUGUUGUUCAUCUUGUCAGUUUCAUCUUCCUAAAUUCAUGUAAUAUGGCAGCUUGGGCCGAUGCACAGGUUCUACGUUGAUGAUGAUUGACUGGUUUUUAUUUCCAUUAAGUUAUAGUGUUCGUACUUGAGGUACAGCAUAAACUAAUAAGGCUUAGUAAUUGACACUUCAUACUCAAGAGAAGUUUACUGGUGAUAUAUAUAUUUACUUGGGUAACCUACUUGUUACUAAAAUAAUUCCUGUGAACCACGUGUGUUCUCCAGAACAUAUCGCUUGAUAGUUAAUUUUUGGAACUGAUUAUGUAAGAAGAACAGUCAAAAUUAUCUCUAA